AUGAAGUUUCCAUCGCUCUCUGACGGGAGCCCCGUCGCUUUGGGCAAGAGGAAACGGCAGUCGACUUCUCCAGGACUGGCUUCUAGCGUCCCAGAUAAUCAUGCUUGGCAAAAUACUGACCUGUCGCGCCUUGCCAACUUAGACCCUGAUGUUGGCAAACGCCCCAGGCUUUCUGGCCCAGAUUUCUCUCAAGAUGUCACUUCCGGACAGAGGUCCACCGCACUGUUAUCAGAUCUCCCCCCAGAGAUCUGGCAGCACAUCUUUUGUCACGUUGAUCCAGUUGCCCUUGGCCGAUUGAUGCGUGUCAAUCGUUUGUUUCGCUCGCUGCUUGAUCCUGCAGUCCCUUUGCCUGAGCCGUCCGGUGUAGACAAGGCUAUCGGCCUGCGCCUACGAAAGCAAGACCUGGUCUGGGCUAUCUCGCGCAAGACCUUUUUGUCGGGGUUUCCAAGACCCUUGGAAGGAAUGACUGAGCUGGCUAUGUGGAGGCUUGUUCGCGGUACGACGUGUUACUUUUGUAAUGCAUCCUCGCUACGCCCUCCUCCCUCUGCUUCACAUUCUCCAUGGAAUGCUGGCCCAGGCAAAGAUUCCGUCCGGACCAUAUGGCCCUUUCGAGUUCGUGCUUGUACCUCGUGCCUGAAGCCUCGACUUAUCAAGGAUACAACUCUCCUCAUGUCAUCAUCGGCAGCAUCCACUCUCCGUUCUGGUUUGCCUUUCGCCAUCUUUACGUCUGAUUGGGACUACGUUCUUGGAACAAGCCUUCAGAACGCGGACCCACCAUCCAAUCUCCAACUUAUAAAGUACUUUUUCCUGCAUCAAGUUGAUGAACUCCAGAACCAGCUGCAAUACGUUCAGACUCUGGGGUCAGCUGCAAGUGAAGAGUGGUUCAAGGGCCUUGAAGACCGUGGGUCUCAUCUCAAUUCCGAUGCUGCCCGAUUCGAGCAGUGCGAGCUCCAAGGAACGUUCACAAGACUUCCCCAGUCGAAAACUCGGAUAAAUCUCCCCUCAAGGACUGGUUUCGACGCAGCGCAAGACCAGCUCUCCGAGACUGUACCUACCCAGAAGCAGAUACCCGUAGCAUCGUCGGGUCACACUGACACCAGACCUCUUGUUACUGCAACGACUCCAGAUAGGAUGGAUGUCACUUCAUUGGAGUCUGUGAUGAACCCUUCUCUGCAACCUCACCCUACGAUUCCGCAACACCCCAACUCUGCGGCCGAUCUGUCUUCACUGCCAGUUCCUCGCAACCGCCACGGACGCUCACUUCAGGAAGCCGAACAGGCAAAGGCUGAGCGCAGAACAGAGAUCGAACGUCGGUGCCAAGCAAUGAUACCUCCGAUCUUACAGUCCACUCUUCCCUUCAUGGAUGCAUUCCAAGCAGCAAUCAAGAUCGCCCGACCCCUCACAGAGGAUGAUUGGAAAAUUCUGGAGCCGCGACUACUAUCUCAACGAAUCGCUGCCCAACACAAAGAAGCGAUGCAAGUCACUCCAUCAGGCAGUGCCGACGCACAACUUCGACAGCAGCAAUUGGAAGAAGAGCAGCGGGUAGCUCAAGAAAACGAAACCAACAUGUGGUCCGAGCUCAACGUUUCAAGCCGAGACAAGAUCACUAGAUAUGCCCAAAAGUUCAUCCAGCAGACCUGGUCCGGUGGCAAAGGCGUGACCAAAGCAACUAGUAGUACGUUUGCUGCAGAGGUUCUAUGCCAUGUCCGGCAACGCUUCGAUGACGAGAUCGCGGAGGAAGACAAAAUGUUGGCCAUGAAAGGGACCGCAUUUCCGCACACCCCCGAGUCUCUUGCUAAUCGCAGGUUGACUCUAGAAGACAUGAAAUGGACCUUUGAAGAGUUUGUGAAGCCACAUACCGACAAGUAUGGAAAGGACGUCUUUCUUUGCCGUGACUGCGACGACAGCCAGAAGUUGUUUCCAUUCGAGGGUAUCAUCCAGCACUAUGCCGCCAAACAUACGAACAACUUCAGUCGCGGCAAGGCCGUUGUGUAUUGGAAGGCGGACUGGCCAUCCGAGCCUCCCUUUGACCCUAGUCCGAACAUACCCUGGGUUCAAAAUCCUAGCGACAGUCUAAUGCAUCCACGAGCUAACAUGAUCCCCACGACCAGAGCACGGACGGCGCCAAAAUCAUCUGCACCUCGAUCCAUCAGCAGCCAGGAGACGAUCUCCAAUGAACUGGUUUGGAUGAUCCAAGAUGUAUGGCAUCUGACCGAAGGAGUCUGGAAUCUUCCACACAGCUUGCGGCUGUACGUCGUGAUCCAAAUCACUGGCAAGCGUUUUUCUCAGAGGUUCAAUGAAGAUCUUGGAUUUCAUUCUUUCUUCCACUGCGUCCAAAGUCGACCAGAGCUGUAUCUUAUCCACACUUUGUCAGGACUUCAUUGCAAGCUCUGCGUCCCUCAGCCUGACUUACCAAUGUCCCAAAUACCCCCCUCACAGAACUUUGGGCUGUCACUUACCGACUUACUGAUGCACUUUCAAAAGACCCACAUCGAUAUGGAUGCCUCUAGCUCGGGCAAUGGUUACGGCUUGGUCUCACCUCCAUGGACCAUGAGUUCUGCUUCAGGGAGGCUAGACUGGAAGCGGGACAUGGUCUUGCUUCCACAUGGAAACGAAAUUCAGGACAUUCUUCGUUCGCCAUCAACAGAUCCCAUGAAACUGCAACUCAUCAGCGAAGCAUUAAGUUCACCUGCCUACGCAUCGACUAUUGUUGCUGGCCCGCGAUCAGUUCUCUCGUCGUCCGAAAAGCGAACCCUACCACCCCGCCAUGCGAACUAUGAAGAACACCCGCGAGCUGUUCCCAGUCGAGCGCCUUUAGCAUUUCUUCCUCACGAGCCUACUGGCGCUCCGUCCGCUCUAUCUGCUCCGUCCUUGCACCCAUCGGAGGAUGAGUAUGAUCCUCAUCGGCCGGCCACCCAGCCUCGCCUGUAUAAAAGACGGCCUCCAUCGGGAUCAGGUCGUGUAUAUCAAAUUGCAGGACAUGGUGCCGUUGAAACAAGCUCUCUAAUUGAAAAGAUCGGCACCUCCCCUCGCGGGUGGUUGAGCACGCAUGACAACCCAUAUUAUCGCGAUGAAAAGGGCCCAACCUCCAACGAUGGAUUUGUAACUGACUUCAGGCGUUGGCGAACACCACCGGCGGCGCAUGGCCGUCCAAGAAGCAGACCGUUUGAUGGGGAGAGUCAGCUGAUGCAUGGAUCGACAGAAAGAGCUGCAGCGAGCGUACCCAGAGGAUCGCCACGCGUCAGUGGUGCUGGAGCUGGUAUAAGUACGGCGGCAGUGGAAUUCUUGAACAAUUUCGAUAAGAUGCCAGUGAGGGGCUCGGAAGAGCUCGUGAGGAGUAUCAAUGGCCCGACCGUCCGCUAUCUCGAAGGUGACGAUCGCAGACCAGAAGCACGAAUUAUGGGAGCAGCGCACGAGACAAACAGUGUGGCCCAAGAGGGUAACAUCGCCCACGAAGGUUACGUGUACGCCAGAUCACUAACUCCGUCCUUGCCGAUUCGACCACGCGAAGUAUAUCGACGGCUACCAUCGAAUCAUGGCCGUUUGGAAGGCCCAUUGCAGCCAGGCAUGUCACACGAGGAUAGCGCUUUCGAUCGACAGGGCACGGCCCUCACUGGGUCGUACGGGUCAGACCUUCCCGAGCGAAUUCAUCGGAUCGAGCGACAAGAGCGACGGAUAUACCCGAUCGCUGGUCGGUACUUCGAGCUUGUGGAAGAGGAGACGCAUCCUGAGGGAGAGAGACAAGAGAUGCGAGAGUCGCGAUUUGCGGCAGUUGAUACAAAUCCUCGAGCCUGGUACGAUGACCAAGGGCAAGCGAUUGCAAGUGGCAGAGAACUUGCUGUUGGGCCUGAAUAUGGAUCGAGAUCGUCUGGCCAUGAGCGCUAUGAGCCAAACCAGGACCAUGUGCGGUAUGUGACACAGAACGGAAGACCGGUGGUCGGAGGAAUCUACCAUGGCGAUGCUGUGUACUCGCCAGCGCAUCAAGAGCCAAGGAUAACAUUUCCGGAAUAUGAGGAGAUACAGUACUUGCGUUCCUCCUCUUUCGAGACUAGUCAGCCUGUACGGGUUCACAACGGCAACUACGCAGGGCACGAGGAAACGUUCAUGGUUAAUGAACAACGUCACCCUGCGUCACAAGGGUAAAAUCAUGGCAAGGAUGGACUUCAUGGACACGCAUAAGAAUUACUGACUCCAGAAGGAUCUGGAGAUGCAUACAGGCCGACUUUGGUCUGCCCGGAAAGGACUCUACUCCAAGGAUUAUCUGAGGAAAGUAAAGGGCUGCCAG